GCCCAAGGCCGCGUCCAGCCCAUCUCUCGCCUGAUCUUCGCAUCCAGCCAAGAUCGAUCACCCCUUGCGUCUGCCUCCUCCGCUCUGUCGAUCAGGCAAUGGCUGCGUUCAUCAAAUUCACGCCACUGACUGGUGCCCAGAACGAGGAUCCGCUCUGCUAUCUGCUAGAGGUCGACAGCGCAAAGAUUUUGCUGGACUGCGGAUGGUCGGACCGCUUUGAACCCGAUGACCUCACCUCCCUCAAAAGACUGGCCAAGCACAUCGAUGCUGUCCUGAUCUCGCACAGCGACAUUGCACACAUGGGUGCCUAUCCCUACGCCUAUGGCCAACUCGGCCUCACCUGCCCGGCAUACGCAACCAUUCCAGUCCACGACAUGGGCCAGAUCUGUCUCUACGAUGCCUUCCAGAGUCGAUCCGAAGUCGAAGAGUUCAAGGUCUUCUCGCUGGACGAAGUGGACGCCGCGUUCGAAAACAUUCUGCCGCUGAGAUAUUCCCAGCCGUUUGCCCUGCUCGGCAAGUGCCAAGGGAUCACCAUCACGGCCUAUCCGGCUGGACGUACGAUCGGCGGGGCGCUCUGGAAAAUCAAAAAGGACACGGACGAGAUUGUUUAUGCCGUGGACUACAACCACAUCAAAGAACGGCAUUUGAAUCCCACCGUGCUUCACAAAAACACCGAGGCCCUCUCUCGCCCCUCGGUUCUCAUCACGGAUGCAUUCAACUCGCUCAACAUACUCUCGAGUCGCAAGCAUCGCGAGACAGCCUUAGUGGAUUCCCUGGCCCACUACACCAAACUCGGGGCCAACGUCCUGCUUCCGGUGGACUCGUGUGUCCGUGUCCUGGAGCUCGCAUAUACGCUAGAUCAAAAUUGGUUCUCAAGCAACGUGCCUCUCAUCUUCUUGUCGUACCAAAGUGUCCGAGUGAUCAACAUGGCCAAGAAUAUGAUCGAAUGGAUGGGGGACAAUGUCACCAACACCUUCUCGCAGCGACGAGAAAACUACUUUGAGUUCAACCACCUGCGAACGUACUCUGCGCUCAAGGAUGUCCUGGCUAUCCCUGGUCCCAAAGUCGUCCUGGCCAGUCUUUCGGGACUGGAAACUGGACUCGCUAACGAACUGCUGCAGCUGUGGGCCGAGCAUCCCCAAAAUGCAAUUGUGCUGACGGAUCGUGGGCAUCCCAACUCGCUUGCACGACGACUGUAUACGGAGUGGGAGUCUCGCCUCGUCCGCAUGGAUGGACAGCCUCUCCCUACGGCUCCGGUCCAGCCCAACGUCUACAUCGACCUCGAGGUUCGGAAAGCCAUACCGCUUGAGGGACAAGCUCUUGUUCAGUAUCAUGAGCGCGAACGCGAGCGAUUGACCCGCGAGGCCUUGGAGGCCUCCAAGGGCCAAAGUAGCAUCGACGACGACGACUCUGACGACGACGAUGGCGACGAGAGCGGAACCAAAGACACGCUGUCGACCCAGUUCGACGUCUACGUCAAGGACCCGAUUCGUAGCGGAGGAUUCUUCAAGCAAAACCAAGCCUUUGCCAUGUUCCCGGUAUUCGAUAGCCGCAAGAUCGUUGAUGACUACGGAGAGGCUAUCGAUCCAGGCCACUACAUGAAGGGCGAGUUUCAGUUUGCGUUGGCCCAAGCGGCUGAGGAAGCCAAGCGGCCCUCGACCCGAAUGGAGGUGGACAAGCGACCGGUCAUCAGCAAGCCACCCUCCGAGUAUGUCACAAGCCAGAUCAGACUGUUCCUUGGAUGCGUGCUGGUGUUUAUCGACUUUGAGGGGCGGUCCGAUGGCAACUCAAUCAAGAAUAUCCUGUCUCAAGUCUCGCCACGAAAACUUAUCGUCGUCCAUGGAUCCGAAGCCGCCACCAACGACCUGGUCAGUUCGUGCAUGAGCGACGACAACAUGACCAAGGACAUCUUUGCUCCCACCGUGGGCGAAUGCAUCAACAUCUCGUCCUCCAAGAACAUAUACCAGAUCAAGCUCACAGACUCGCUCGUCAGCUCACUCAGAGUCGAAAGGCUGGACGACUACGAGCUCUCGUUUGUCACGGGCGUGGUUCGGACGGGCAAGAACCAGGCAGGAGGCAACGAUGGCGACCAGGACGGGCAGCCGGAGGACAGCGCAGCCCCUAGUCCCGACGACAGCUCGGUUGUUCCCGAUCUGGUGGCCCAGACCACUCAGCUUCCAACGCUGGAUGUUCUUCCCCUCGAGCAUCAAAAGGUCCACCGACCGCUGCUCGUCGGCGAUGUCAAGCUGAGCGAGUUCCGCAAGGUCCUGCAAGCCGAGGGAUACCAGACCGAAUUCGUCGAGGGAGGCGUGCUCAGGGUAGUUGCCAGUGGCACCGCAAACGCUGCACCACAAGGGGCACUAGCGGUUCGCAAGCUUGGCCUGGGGAAACUCGUGCUUGAGGGUCCACUGAGUCCGCAAUACUUCAAAGUGCGUAGAUUGCUCUACAGCCAGCACGCAGUCUUGUAGGAUGCUCGGCACCGCUCGACGCAAUUCAUUGCCGGCGGGACUCAAUACAGCGUUUCCAAAAAAGAAACGGGACAG